UGUUCAUUUAAGGGAACUGCAGAUCCCCAAAGACACUGUUGCUAAAAGUAACCUCGACCCAAGGCUGGAAUCAUCAUGGAGAAUUUGGCAACUAAUCAAGAGGGUUCAGGACAGGCUAACUUGCUAAGAGAGGGGUCUCCAUCAGAAGGAGGCGGAGAAGUCUGCAAGCAGCAGAGAGAGGCAGGCAAAUCAUAGGACUGAACCUUCCCUGGGGAAUCGGGAAGCUCUUCCACACAGGACACCGUUCUUAGUAAGGCUGUAUAAUGUCCGACUUUGACAGCAACCCAUUUGCAGACCCGGACUUCAGCAACCCCUUUCAGGAUCCUUCAGUGACGCAGGUGACCCAGUCUGCCCCUCCUGGUGGUCUGGAGGAGUAUAACCCCUUCACAGACGCCAGAACGGCAGCACCUGGAAAUGCUCCAAGAUCUGCUCCUGCCCCUGCUCAGAACACACAACCGGCCAUCAUGAAGCCUACAGAAGAGCCCCCGGCUUACUCACAGCUACAGACUCAGGACCAAGCUCGUGCUCAGGCUGAGUUGUUGAGAAGGCAGGAGGAGUUGGAGAAGAAAGCAGCAGAACUCGAUCGCCGGGAGAGAGAGUUACAGUCCCAUGGAGCCGCAGGUCGCAAGAAUAACUGGCCUCCAAUGCCGGAGAAGUUUCCAGUGGGCCCCUGUUUCUACCACGAUAUUGCGGUGGACAUUCCUAUAGAGUUCCAAAAGACGGUUAAGAUCAUGUACAACCUUUGGAUGUUCCAUGCAGGCACGCUCUUCGUGAACAUGUUCGGCUGCCUGGCCUGGUUCUGUGUGGAUGCAUCUCGUGGUGUAGAUUUUGGCCUGGCCAUGCUCUGGUUCCUGCUGUUUACUCCGUGUUCUUUUGUCUGCUGGUACAGACCGCUUUAUGGGGCUUUCAGGAGUGACAGUUCAUUCCGCUUUUUUGUCUUCUUCUUCGUCUAUAUCUGCCAAUUUGGAGUUCAUGUUCUACAAAGUAUUGGCAUCACUGGCUGGGGGACAUGUGGUUGGAUUGCAGCCUUGACUGGCCUGAACACCAGUAUCCCAGUGGGCAUCAUCAUGUUACUGAUUGCAGCUCUGUUCACUGCACUGUCUGUGGGCUCGCUCAUUAUGUUCAAGAAGGUGCACGCACUGUAUCGCACCACCGGUGCAAGCUUUGAGAAGGCACAGCAGGAAUUUGCCACUGGAGUCAUGUCCAACAAGACCGUUCAGACUGCAGCCGCCAACGCUGCCGCUAAUGCUGCAACCAACGCUGCUCGUGGAGCCUUCAAACCUCAGCCAUAAACUCACACACACACACAUGCUCUGUCGCACAUACAAGCUUACACACACACAUACACAAACAAAGUUGGAGGUGUACAACUCUGGCCCUGCAGGCAAUCUGAUAAAUUUGAUCCUAUUAAUGAAUUUUCUUUGACUGAGAUUGCUCUUCACACUUUACAUAUAACAUGUAAAGUGUUAGAGGCUUCAAAAACAAAGACAUUAAUCAGAUGACGUGACCAGAGUUGUCCUCCUCCACUUAAUACAAGUUUCAGUAAAAACUCUCCGACAACCUUCCUCUCUGCUUUUCAGCCUGAUGACUGUCUGCUCACAACCCUUGAAACAUCCACUAAGUGACUUAGUGUAUGUUUGACCCUGUGGUCUGCUCUGAGUGAGUGGGAUCAUCUCAAACUGUGUCGCUCAGUUCCUCCGUUCCCCCGUUCUUCUGUCACCUCGAGGUGAUCCUAAGUCAGGCAGAGGUCUCAUUUCUAGCAUACCUUAUUUUUGUCAUGGUGAUGACUUCCAAACAGCCUCCUGCCUGGUUAUAAUACAGUCAACGAUAAACUGAUCACAGUGUUUUGCACAUACUAGUUCUGUUUUCCUGGUCAAAUACUGAAAGUACUGUGUGGGUUUGAAUGGCUGGCCCUGCGUGUGAAUGUGGACUUAAGAAAAAUGUGGCUUUGACUUGUUUUCUUUGUAUAAUCCAGUGCCUGGUCACUGAGAUCUGAAAGGUAAAUUAUACCUUGUCCUAUAUCUGUGCUUCUAUUCCAAGACAAAUUAUCAUCCUGGUAAUUCAUAUAAAUAGUAAUAUGUUCUUAUGUAAGAACCUGCCCACAGCCCAAGUAGGACUCCAGUGACACCUGUCAGUUGAUCAAUAAUUCACACUUUGUGUGCUGCUUUGGUCGGCAAUGUGGGCUGGGUCAGCAUCUUUGUGGCUUACCGAGAUUUGACAGCAUGAAAAGAACAUGCAUGUUUAGCAAACCUCGAGGUAGCUUUUUGUUUGGCGAAGUGAUUCUGUAAACAGUUAGCCUUUUCUCUGGCUAUGGAUAGUGGCUGGUCAAAAGGAACGUCAGCCUACUUAUUUCCCCCUUGGUUUCUGUGAGAGGAGAGCUGUGAAGUUGUUGCAUGUCCCAGUGACUGUUGAUAUUUUGAAAUGAUUUGAGUAAUGCUCUGAAACCGCCCAGGUCAGUUGGCCUCCAGUUCUCACCAAAAAUCUAAUUGAGGGUCAAUCGUGUGUUUUCAUAGCCUGGUGCACUAAAGUGGGAGAAUACAUUAAACAAAUAUUCACAUUUUCCUUAAAGUAUGUUUGACUAACAGACUACUAUGUUGCUCUGUCUCUCGCCAUUGUCUGUAGCCCCUUACACUUGGUUAAAAACUAACGCUGCUAUAAAUCUAAGAAGGCGUGGCCUCCUGCUUCCGUGUUACCAUUAAAAUAGACGCAAACAGUACCACUCAUAGGGGAGAUGUGACUUGCCUUUUUGUCAUAGAAGAAGACCUGGAGAGUGAAAAGCUUUUCUUUUUCUUCAGAUUAAAUUGAACACAUUAAAGAGUAUAAACGUUGAUACUGUGUGUAUGCACAUUACAACAACUAACAGUCCAUUUGCAUUUCUACAGACAGAAAAGCCAGUCUCCUCUGUCAUUGUUGGAUCACUGACACCAGAAACACCAUAGCCGAAAAGAACACAAAGCAUAACCGAGGAUUAACUUGAUGCACAUUCAGUGAUAUCGUUUAGAUACAUGAAUUUAUUUAACAUGAUAACUGGAACAGUGUUAUGAGCACUGCAUUGUACAGACUACUGUCACAGAAGUGAAUUAUGGACGUGGGUUACAUUCGUGUCGUGCUUUAGCACCUCAUAGUGGUGAUGGUGGGGAGUGUCUGAGGAUAUGCAUGAGGACUGAUGACUGGUACUGCUUUUAAUACAGAUGUAUGAACUGGACAUAUAGUGGACUAAAUACUCCUGAGAGUGUUAAAAGGUAAAGGUCAAUAAUCCAUGAUGAAAUGAUAAGCUGACAUGUUGGCAGUAUUGUUUCUGUUUGGAGAUUUUGUUUGAAACUCAUUGCACAUUUCUUGUUUUAUGUCGACCUUAGAGCAAAAAAGAACAUGUUUUUAUUUAUGAUGUAAUUUAAGUUGUUUGCAUUUCAAUUUUUGUUUGGUUUGAUUUGACAUUAUGUAUUAUGUUUGUGUGGUUUUGUAUUGACAUGAUCAUAGCAUCAGCUAGAUUGAAAAGUGUUAAAUGACUGCGACUUCACCCUGCAAGAGGAGUGUUUGUGUGGACGAGGACGUGUGAAUGAUUGGUAUGAAAGGAAAUGAAAAAAAAAUUUCCCUCAAGUGUUAUUCUAUGUCCUGAAAAGCUGUGAGAAAUCUACCAAAUUUCCAUAUAGAUUUGUUUUUAAAUCUUGGUUUGUGAUGUGUUCCCUUGCCAUGUUUUUACUUAAAAAUAAUUCACAAUUUCUCUUUGCUGCAAACACCCACGUCUCCCAUGUUUCUAUCGUUUUCAACAGUUGCUAACGAAGCCAUGUCACAGUGGGUAAUUUCUAGACGUAUUUGGCGAGUUGGUCUGCAGUACAGAACUACGUAUCUGAAGUUUGCUGACUCUAAACCGUGUUUUGACCUGUGACCAUGUUCUUUCACUGAAUCAGAGAAGAAACUCAUGAAAAAAGGGACACUUGUAUAUUUUGUAAAGUUGAAAAUUUGAUCCCCAUUAUCAAUCACAUGUAAAAAGAAAAUGUAAUGCACUCUUGUCUGGCCUUUGUUGCAUGUGAAAUAGUUUGAGUUUUGUAUAUUUAUGGUAUUAACAUGAAAUAAAAUUUGAAAGAAAUGUUUGUGGAUUUUGAAAACGCCCU